GGCGCUCCAGCGGUCUGUCCCCGUCUGUCCUCCCUUCUGCUCCGCUCACAGCGGACUGGGCGAGGGAGCGGCGGUGAUUGGGAGCCCGGGCUCGGGCAGAGCACGUCCGGACUGCUGGGGUGGCCUGUGCCGGCUGCUCUGGGCUAGUGCGGGAGCUCUAGGAAGAGCCACGGGCAGGAUGGGCCUGGGGAAGAUGACCACUCUCACACGGCAGGACCUUAACUUUGGGCAAGUAGUUGCAGAUGUUCUUUCAGAAUUCCUGGAAGUGGCUGUUCACCUCAUCUUGUACGUCAGAGAAGUUUACCCUAUUGGGAUCUUUCAGAAGAGGAAGAAAUACAAUGUACCUGUCCAGAUGUCCUGCCACCCAGAGUUGAACCAGUACAUCCAGGACACGCUGCACUGUGUAAAGCCACUGCUGGAGAAGAACGAUGUGGAGAAAGUUGUGGUUGUAAUCCUGGAUAAAGAGCACCACCCCGUGGAGAGAUUUGUCUUUGAGAUCACCCAGCCACCUCUUCUUUCCAUUAGUUCUGAGUCCCUGCUGUCCCACGUGGAGCAGUUACUGCGUGCCUUCAUCCUGAAAAUCAGUGUUUGCGAUGCUGUGCUGGACAACAACCCCCCAGGUUGCACCUUCACAGUUCUGGUUCACACACGGGAGGCUGCCACACGCAACAUGGAAAAGAUCCAGGUGAUAAAGGAUUUCCCUUGGAUCCUUGCUGAUGAGCACGAUGUGCACAUGCACGACCCCCGGCUUAUUCCCCUGAAAACCAUGACAUCUGACAUCUUAAAGAUGCAGCUCUAUGUAGAAGAACGAGCUCACAAAGGCACCUGAUUUCAAAUCUUCCUUGCCUUCAAGCUUCAUCUGAUCUUCCAGUGGAGUAAGAUCUGUCACAAACUGUAUCUUGAUAACCAUCUCUUCAGCUGGCCUUCUGGGUGAAUGUAGAGCAGCUGCUGCCUCUUUAUUUUAAGUGCUCUUACCACUGUAUAAAGAACUGACUUGGAAUGGAGAACAAGAGCCUGUUCCCAUAUUGACUUGUGUGAGAGUACAGUGUGUCCCUGGGGAGUCAGUGCUUUAUUACCAGUCCAGUUCUCACCUGAAAAGGGCAGCUCCAUUGCACACAAGCAGUGAUAGACAGCAAGGAGCUGUCACACAAUCCAUGAGAGCAACAUUUGUGCUAAGGGGGAGUGAGGCCUUACGUAGUGUCUGUCCACUGUGACCAUCCCAAGUAGUCUUCAAUAAAUUCUGAGUUUUACCCCGGUUGAACUGGGCUGAGUUCUGUCAAAA